AUGAUAAUUAUUUGGUUGUCGUAUAGAACUAUUUCCUUGGGGGAAAAAAAAGAAGAAGAAGAACCAGGUAACUCUUUACAAAGACAAGUUUCAAUGAUGAUUACCAAUCAAGAGUUUAACGACAAUAUAGAAGAGUUUGUCGAAUUGGUUUUAGAAAACUUACAAUUGUUGAACUCGGCAACGGAAUUGUUGAUAAGAAACUAUUAUAUAAAACAUCUACCUUUUGAAAAAAUAUAUUCAUUCAUCAGUUUUGAUUUGAAUACCGUGCGUUUAAAUUUUACAAUUUCAUAUCAUGAUUAUUAUCAAGUACCUGUAAUAAACUGUCGAUUGUAUGAGAAUGGAAAGUUCAUUGCCGGUGUUGAAUCACAGACUGUGUUGACUAUUUCUACAAAUACUAGUGUUGAAUUAGAGAAUCAUCAUUUACUAGAACAGCCUUGGUUGCAAAUACAUCCAUGUGAAACUCAGCAUACCAUUGAUGAGCAUUUACGGGAUGCUUCUCAAAAUAAGAAAUGCAAUCAUGUAAUUGAGUAUAUGUGUUGCUGGUUUGGUUUAUAUGGAUUACCUUCAGUUUUCCCACAAUUUAGUUUUAGACCAAGUAUAUAUUCUUAA